AUGGUUGAACACGGAUUAUAUCGAAGAAUUUUACGGGUAACGUUUGUUGUGCUCACCAUCAUCCUCAUCCUAACCGCCAGCAGCUUAUAUGUUUUUAGGAACAGGCUCCCAGGUUGGGUAUCCGGCCAUUGUUCCACAAAGUUCCAUCGUGAAGUUUGCAUCAGCUGUUCAUCAGCUGAUCAGCUGUUCCUUCAGCAAGCUUUCCUUCCAAAUCUUAAGAAAUGUGAUAUAAAGUUUCGGGUUGGAGUUUCACCCCCAUCGUAUUCUUCCGCUAGCAAGCUAGUUCUUCUAGUUUCCCAGGUAUACUUGGAGACUGAGUGGAGUAAGGUUAGAUCUGUACAUCUAUCUAGUUCUCCUAUCAUAGUCCUGCUAGAGGAGAUCACAUCUCUUCAACUAGCCCAGGUGCCUGAGUUUAAUAUAUUGCUGGGAACCAGUCUAGUUCUCCGUUGGGCAGAGUCAGGAUUCUGGCCAAAAUUUCUCUUCUACCUAACUGAUCAGGAACAGAUUGAGGGUAUACUGGGAAAGGAGACUGGGUAUGACUGUGUUGGGCAGACCUCAGAUGGGUCAACCUCCACACGCUCUACAGCAGAGGGGUCAGGAAGUCCUAGAUUUAUGGAGAAUUUUAGCCCCAGAAGUGAUAAAUUAAUCCAAAGAGGAACCAAAGAGGGGAUGACAGGAAGGCGGAGGGAGGGGAGGAAGGAUGAAGAUUGGAGAAGGAAGGAGGGAGGGCAGGAAGAGGAAGGUGUAAUGUUGAGAAAUGUGUUUUAA